AUGGGGCGAGGAUUCUGUGGCUUCGUCACACCACUCCUUGAGAUUACGUACAUGAGGGACCCGCUCCCAUUUUUUUUGAAGGGCUCUGUGGAACGGGUUGAAGGAUGGAAUGUGUACAGCGAGCCGCCUCUGUGCAGCCACGGCAGUCAGAAACGGUACAAGUGCACGCAUCCACGUGUUCUGUACCCCCGCUUACCGUACAAGCUGUCCACCGUUACGGAGGAUCCCAUUCCUGGCAUGGACAUACACCCUCGACUGUUUCUUCGCUAUCAACUGAACCCAUACCGACCUCCGAGCUGGCCAUUUGAGUCUGGCCUUGAAGACUGUGUUUACCGCAAUCAGAGGCCG